AUGACCGGCUUCCGCCACACAAAUGCUGUCGAUUGCAACACGGACUUUGACACGAAAAGCGUCAAAGGCAAGACUGCCAUUAUUACUGGUGGCGCAAACGGCCUUGGGGAGGCAUAUGCUCGAGCACUCGUUGCCGCAGGAUCAAUGGUGGUAAUCGCCGACCGUGACGCUCAGAAAGGAAAGAAACUCGAGGACGAGUUGAAAAGAGUGAAGUUCAUCGCAUGCGAUACCGCAAACUGGGACGACCAAGUCCAGCUAUUCCAAAGCGCAGCCUCUUUUUCCCCGACUGGCAAAAUAUCCUACGUCGUCGCAAAUGCCGGGAUUCACCGCAAGGACGAGGUCUUCGCUUAUGACGGAGACGGCAAAUUGCCUCAGAAGCCUGACCUCGCCACCAUUGAUGUGAAUCUCAUCGGGACGCUAUAUACCGCGAAGCUCGCGUCGCACUACUUCAUUAAGCAGAACGGACAAGAGCCGUCUACGACACAGGAAGAUACUUGUUUGAUUUUGAUUGGAUCUGGGGCAGCCUUUUUGGAUUGUCCCCGAGCUCCUCAGUACUGCGCUACAAAAUGGGCUAUGAGAGGUAUUAUGCAUUCUUUGCGAAGAACGGCAUUCUAUUAUGGGAGUCGUGUGAAUGUCAUAUCACCGUGGUAUGUCAAGACGAAUAUUCUCUCGGAGGAGGCUUUCACGCACGUCACAAGCGUAGGCGUUAAGUUCGCGGAAGCUUCUGAGGCAGGGGAAUGUCUGUUGCGAAUUCUCAGUGAUAGUACGAUCAACGGUCGCUCCUUCUUUGUGUCUGGUAAGAAAUGGUCAUCACGGGGAUAUCUGGAUCUGGAUAUUGAUCAUUAUGAGGAUGGUUCUUUGAUUGAGGAUAUUCAGAAAGAUCAGGUCAAGUCGGCUCCUGUUGAAAUGGGGCUGUUCGUUUAG